AUGGUGCUCAGAGUUCGACCCCAGAUGUUCGACAUACUCAUUAUCGGCUCAGGCCCAGCGGGGCUGAACGCCGCACUCACCUGUGCAAGAACACGUAGUACAGCUAUUGUUUUCGACAACCAGCAGUACCGUAAUGAAGGUGUUACACACAUGCAUACGGUGGCGUCUCGCGAUCACUUCAAUCCCCGAGAGUUCGGUCGCAUAGCUCGCGAACAAGUCGAAUCUCGUUACGAUACAAUUUGGUUUCAAGCUGCGACAAUCACCCAUGCGAAAAAGAAACAGGUGUCUGUACCUGAUGAGAAGGGCUUGUAUGAUGGCUUCGAAGUCACAGAUAGCGACGGUCACUUAUAUGAGGGAAAGAAGGUCAUCCUAGCUACUGGUUCAAGAGAUGUUUUCCCCGAAAUCCAAGGCUAUAAGGAGAACUGGCCAGCGCAUAUAUACCAAUGCUUAGCUUGUGAUGGCUACGAGCAACGCGGAAGUGCAGUCGGCAUCCUAGGUUUCGACAACCCAAUGUACACUCACUUUGUACAAAUGGCCAUCCCACUCGAACCCACUUCCAUCACCAUAUUCAGCAACGGCCCCACCAAGCAGGAAGAACCAGUACAAGAGGCUAUGAAACUCGCAAAGGCCUUCGGUGCAACGCUCGACGAGCGGAAAAUCGUGCGCCUGGUAAACAACGGCCCGAGCCACACAGAUGGCGUAACAAUCCACUUCGAGACCGGCGAACCAGUCACCCUUGGUUUUAUCGUUCACAAACCUGCUACAGUCAAUCGUGCGCAACACCUCAUCGAGCAACUCGGUGUCGACACUGUGGAACCAGCGAUGGGUGGACAUAUCAAGAUUGCAAACGCAAUGUUCAACGAGACAAGCGUCACGGGCGUAUUUGCUGCUGGCGACACCAUGUUGAUGAUGAAGCAGGUUGCGAUUGCUAUGGCAGAAGGACUCAAAGCAGCGGCAGGCGCGGGAAUGCAGAUUGCGCAAGAAAAGGCGAAGAGUCUUUCCAAGACCUUUGAGGAGAGGGAGGGCAUGGUUGAAGGAGAGAAGGAUAAGGCAGAAGUGGCAUCAUAUUAA